UUCUAAAACAGAGCAGAACCUGACAGACAAACACUGCCUUCAUUUCUAUUGUUGAAACCAACAAACAACUCUGCUUUGCUAGAACAAACAGAGCACCCCACCCCAGUCCUCUCUUCCUCCACCCAGAACAAAGAUCUGGAGAUCCAAGAGACCCAUGUGAAUUGAGCAAAAACCAAAGCUAGCUAGCUGCCAUUAAUGGCGGUCGUCCUGGAUGCUUUGGCAUCCUACAUCCAAAACAUGUUGAUGGAGAUGACCAAAGAAGAGGUGCAUAUGCUGCUCGGUGUCUCCGGUGAGAUCAACAAGAUGGACAUCAAGCUCAAGGACCUCAAGUACUUCCUUGCUGACGCUGAUAGGAGGAACAUCACAGACCUCAGCGUGCAGGCAUGGGUGAAAGUGCUUCGGGACACCAUGUACGACGCCACCGACAUCCUCGACCUGUGCCAACUCAAGGCCAUGGAGCGGGGUCCAAGCCGGGACUUGGGUUGCUUCAAUCCCUUGCUCUUCUUCAUGCGGAAUCCCCUUCAUGCCCAUGACAUCUCCAGCCGCAUCAAAAGCCUUAACCAAAGGCUAGAAGAAAUAAAGAAGCGUAGCUCCGACUUCGGCUUUAUCAACCUCGGUUCAUACGAGGACCAUACCAGAAAGAUGCCAUCCUCUCAUCCUACUAGCCACGAGACAUCAGGGGAGCUCGACGAGUCAGGUGUGGUCGGUGAGAAGAUCAUUGAGGAUACAAGAUAUCUUGUGGAGAUGCUAACAAAGGAGGAGGAAACCAAUCGAGAAUACAACAAAAUUAUGGUAUUUGCCAUAGUGGGAGUUGGUGGGAUAGGCAAAACCACCCUUGCCCAGAAGAUUUAUAAUGACGACAUCAUACGACAUGAGUUCACAAAUAAAAUAUGGUUGAGUGUGAACCAAGAAUUUGAUGAGAAUAAAUUGCUAAGAACAGCCAUCCUUGAAUCUGGGGGAGGCAAUCAACCAGUUGAUUAUCCAAAGAGCGCGCUUGAGCGAAUCCUAAAGCAAGCCUUGGAGGGGCACAAGGCUUUGCUGGUGAUGGAUGAUGUUUGGGACCAUCAGGCAUGGCAGGGUGUGCUCGAAACUCCAUUGGUCAAUGCCCUAGCUCGAGGUAGUCGUGUCCUCGUCACCACAAGGCAUGACACGGUCGCCCGAGGGAUGAAGGCGGAGGAGCCCUACCACCAUGUCGACAAAUUAGAGCCCGAGGAUGCCUGGUCCUUACUCAAGAUGCAGGUAGUUAAACAUGAAAAUGACAAAUGUGAGAUUGACAUGCUAAAGGAUAUUGGAAUGAGCAUCAUAGAAAAUUGUGGUUGCUUGCCACUUGCUGUCAAAGUAAUGGGAGGGCUCUUGCGCCAAAAAAAACAGACAAGACGAGCUGUUUGGGAAAAGGCUGCAAAGGAUUCUAAAUGGUCAGUAUCUAAAAUGCCCGAACAGCUAAACAACGCAAUAUACCUUAGCUACAAAGAUUUGCACCCUUAUUUGAAGCAAUGCUUUCUACACUACUCCCUCAUCCCUAGGGGUCUAUCGAUUCAUGUUGAUAGCUUAGUUAGCAUGUGGAUUAGUGAAGGAUUUGUUCAUGGGGACACGGAUGAACUAGAAGAUUUAGGGAGAGAAUAUUACGACGAAUUAAUAUCUAGGAACCUUAUAGAUCCAGACAGUUGGUCGGUCAACCAAUGGCGUAGCAGCAUGCAUGAUGUUGUUCGCUCAUUUGCUCAAUAUGUGGCUAGAGAUGAAGCACUGGUAGGUCAUCUUGGAGAAAUCAAUAUGAUUAGUAAACUUAAUUCACAAAAAUUCAUUCGGUUGUCCAACGAAAGAUCAGAAACAAAUGAAUUAGAGUGGAGUUCUCUAGAAGCACAAAAAUCAUUGAGAACGAUAGUAUCAGUUGGACAUUUAAAGAUUAAGCCCGGAGAUUCCUUUGUUUCUUUUUCAAGUCUACGGACGCUACAUUUAAGCCUUGCAAAUUGUGAUGCAUUGCUUGAAUCGUUGUAUCAACUCAAGCACUUGAGGUACUUGGCAAUGACAGAAUGUGGCAUAUCUACAUUACCAGAAAACAUAGGCAUGAUGAAACUCUUGCUGCACAUUGACAUUUCUGAUAAUGAAAGUUUGGUGAAUCUCCCUGGUAGCAUUGUAAAGCUACGUCUGCUGAGGCAUCUUAGCCUUGAUGGCACAAGAAUAAAUAAGAUACCCAAUGGAUUCAAAGUUUUAGAUAAUUUGAGGCGUUUGAAUGGGUUUCCAGCCCACAUGGAUGGUGAGUGGUGUAGUUUGGAAGAAUUGGGGCCUCUUUGCCAGCUCAUUUACCUUGUUAUAAUUUGUCUGGAAAAUGUAUCUGCUUCCUCCUUUGCUGAAAAGGCUAGGCUUGCUGAAAAGGUGCGUCUUAGAUAUCUGAGGUUAAAGUGCACUACUAGAUUAGGAGAUGAUGGCAGGUUGGUAAAAGAGGAAGAAGGCGUCUCUAUGGAAGAGCAGCAACGAAUCGAGGAAGUCUUUGAUGAGCUCUGCCCUUCACCCUGCUUAGAAUAUCUUGGAAUCGUAGGGUAUUAUGGUCGGCGGCUGCCAAGGUGGAUGACGUCGACAGCAGUGGCGCCCUUCGAAAGGUUGAGGACUGUAAUGAUGGAUGACCUGGCUUGUUGCACGGAACUCCCUCAUGGCUUGUGUCAACUCCCUUGCUUGGAGCUCCUGCAGAUUAUCCGCGCCCCAGCCAUCAAGCGUGUUGGGCCUGAAUUCCUGCAACACUACCAUCAUCGCCACAAUCAUUCCCAGGUAGCACAUGUGUUUCCUAGGUUGCAGAAGCUGAUCUUUGGAGGAAUGGUGGAAUGGGAGGAGUGGGAGUGGGAGGAGCAAGUGCAUGCCAUGCCAGCCUUGCAACAGUUUCAUCUCCAUAAUAGCAAACUGAGGCAUCUUCCGCCUGGGCUCGCCUUCCAUGCGAGGGCCUUGACAAAAUUAUGCCUACACCAUGUCCAGCACCUCAGCUCUUUGGAGAACUUUGCUUCUGUUGUGAACCUCCAUGUGGAACGGAAUCUCGAUCUGGAGAGGAUCAGUAAUUUCCCCAAGCUGCGGAAGCUCAACAUCAUGUUCUGCCCAAAGAUGAAGGUACUGCAGGGUGUGCCUGCACUGCAGAGACUCGGACUGGACGAUAACAUUAUGGAAGCCCUCCCAAGAUACUUGAAGAAUGUAAACCCAAGGAAUUUGCUGCUAUGCUGCUCCUUAUCGCUGCUCACUUUUAUAGCCUCGAGGGAAUCUAGCCUUGAGUGGGACAAGUUGAUCCAUAUCCAGCAAGUCAAGGCCUAUGCACCUGAUGGAGACAUUGCAAGGAAAUGGUACGUGUUGUACACAAGAGAACCUUUCAGCUUUGAGACAAACAUUAGCCUCUCUGCCAUUACCCGAGCCUGCGCCGAACGCAAGUGGUUUGGUUGCUCGAUAACAUGUUCCGUCGAAGAAGUGCAUAUUGUAGAACUGCUAUAGGGGAAGUGCAGAUGCAGAUGCAAAUGGCGACACAGGAAUUGAGCUUACACGCGCAUAUAUAUGCAUGUCUCUGCCUGACUGUUAGUAGUAUAAAUUCCAAGUUGCUUACUGUUUCUUCCAGUAUAACAUAUAUGGGCAAUGGCUGCAGGUGGAAUCGAGUGUGCCUGCACUGCAGAAUCAUGGACAGAAGGAGAAAUGAAGCUGCCGUCGCCUCAUCAGAUCAAUGGUGACUGAAGCAGCUAUGAAGCUGCCGUCUACAGCUCGUCGACGUAAGGCGGUCAAUUCAAUGCUGCUGAAACAUAAGGAAACGAGAAGAUUGUAGUACAGUAAUACAUAUGCAUUUGGGCUUUUGGUUGUCUGUAUCUUUACUGGCAGUUGAUGCAGUUUUUUCGGCUCGGUUAUUUCGUGUCAGAGAUGAACGAAUAAGUAGUGACGGAUCAAUUGAUAUAUUUUUUAUGGUGACA